AUAUCUAUGGGUGGUGGCUUUACAUCCAAGCUCUCCGAAAAACCGUCACCGACCGAGAAGGUGAGGCGCACUCUCUGAAGACGCAGCAUGUUGGAAAUUAGUAGAUGGCUGCUCUUCCUUCUGCUCUUGCAGAAGGGUAGAUAUGGGUUUUCCCAAGAACCUGAAAGAAAAGAAGGAGAGGAAUGCUUUAAGACCGGGAUCUCCUCCUGUGGAGACUGUAUCAGCUCCGGCCAGUUCUGUGUGUGGUGCAAACAGCUGAAUUUCACCAAACGGGGCGAGCAGGAGGCGGUGCGCUGUGACACCCGGUCCCAGCUGAUGGCAGGGGGCUGUUUGGACGACUCCAUCAUCUCCCCGGAGAACUCCUUCAAGGUGGUGCAGAACACGCCGCUGUCAGGCUCCUUCAACCUGAGGCAGACCCAGCAGGAGGCCAUCCAGCUCGCUCCCCAGAAGGUCCAUCUCAAGCUACGACCGGGGAUGCCGCAAACGUUUACCUUGUCCUUCAAAAGAGUGGAGGGCUACCCCAUGGACCUCUACUACCUCAUGGACCUUUCCUACUCCAUGGAGGAUGACUUGAGGAGCAUCAAAGUGCUGGGCGCAGAGCUGUUCAAGGCCCUGAGGAGCAUCACAGAGCACGCCCAGAUAGGAUUCGGGGCUUUCGUGGAUAAGACGGUGCUGCCCUUCACCAACACCAACAAGAGGAAGCUGGCGAACCCCUGCCCCAAGACGGAGAAGAACUGCCAGCCGGCCUUCGGCUACCGCCACGUCCUCAGCAUGACCGCCGACGAGAAUUCUUUCAACAAGGAGGUGAACAAGCAGGGCAUCUCCGGGAACCUGGACCCCCCGGAGGGCAGCCUGGACGCCAUGAUGCAGGCCGCAGUCUGCGGGAGCAAGAUAGGCUGGAGAAACAGCAGCACCCGGCUCAUCGUGCUCACCACCGACGCAGGCUUCCACAUGGCCGGGGACGGCAAGCUGGCGGGAAUCCUGCAGCCCAACGACGAGCUGUGCCACUUGGAGAGUAACGUCAACGCCAGGAACAACGAGCAGGACUACCCAUCUGUGGGUCAACUGGCAAUGCAGUUAGAAAAGCACAACAUUCAACCGAUCUUUGCUGUGACAUCAGAAGUAGCAGAUGUUUACAAGGAACUCAGUAAAAUGAUCCCCAAAUCGGAGGUGGAAGUGCUGAAUGCAGAUUCAAAAAAUAUUGUCUCUCUAAUUAAGCUCGCCUACGAUAGGUUGUCUUCCAAAGUAACCAUGGCCCACGAUGACCUGCCGCCUAAUGUAAGAGUUACCUACACCCCAAUCUGCCCUAAACGGGGUCCGGCAGGUGAAGAUGAAGGAGUCUGUAACGGCGUGCUCGUGGGGCAGCAGAUCGCCUUCAACGUCACCGUGACGGCCGAGAGGUGCAUGCAGGAGCAGGAAUUCACCAUCAGCCCGCUUGGCAUCAAAGACACCCUGAAGGUGACCCUAUCCACCACGUGUGACUGCGAAUGUAACGAUCCACAGGACCAACAGCAUCCUCAGUGUAACUCUAAAGGCCAGGUCAAAUGUGGCACAUGCAGAUGCAACGACGGCUUAGUGGGCCGGACGUGUGAGUGCUCAGUGGGGGACAAGGACGAGAACGCGCUCCGGGCUUCCUGCCGGAGGGAGAACGGCACAGAGUGCGAGGGCCGGGGAACUUGUGUCUGCGGCCGCUGCGACUGCCACCUCACGGAGAGCGGCACCAGUUACCACGGCGACUUCUGCGAGUGCGACGACGAUCACUGCGAGAAGUUUGCAAAUAAGCUUUGUGGAGGAAACGGCAGGUGCCUCUGUGGCAAAUGCAUUUGCAACCAGGGGUACGAGGGCUCGGCCUGCCACUGCAAGACUUCCGACGAUGGCUGCAAGACGCCCGGGGGCAGCGUGUGCAACGACAGAGGCAAAUGCAGAUGCAACCAGUGUGAGUGUAAUGAGGGCUACCAGCGGCCCUUCUGCGAGGUGUGCCACGGAUGCCAGGACCCCUGCCAGACCAAACAGACGUGCAUCGAGUGCCUGUUUCAGAUGGGCGUUUCGGGGAAGAACUGUACAAUGGCCUGCACGGACAGCGUGAAACACAAGAUAGUGGACAUGUUCACCAUGACCAAGAAGCCCUGCAAGCUGAAGGACUCCGACGGCUGCUGGAUCACCUUCAAGAUGGAGCAGUUGGUGGGGGUGGACAACUACCGGGCUGAGAUCCAGCGAAACAAAGAGUGCCCCGAGCUGCCCAACCUGUACGCCAUCGUCGGGGGCUCCAUUGCGGGAGUGGCUGUGAUCGGCCUCCUCAUCAUGUUGCUGAUCAAGAUGCUCAUAUACCUGAAGGACAAGGAGGAGUUCAAGAAGUUCGAGAGCGAGAAAGCCAGAUCCAAGUGGGCCAAGGCCGACAACCCAUUGUUCCAGAAUGCAACCACCACCGUGGCCAACCCAACCUUCACCGGGGAAUGAGCAGACACCACCCUUUUGCACAUCCGUUCAUCUCAACCAUUCCUAUUUUUGUGUUCAGCGAUGAAUACGAUGGUCUGAUUAUAAAUGGACGUCCAUCCGUAACCCUAUGUUAGUGAUAGCUGUGAUCUUGUUCUUUGUCCUAUUUCGUCUUCCAAUGUCGCCUAUGCAAUGUUUUUGUCAGAGAGAUUGGUUUUUAAAGGGGGGAUAUUGUGCCACCAGGUUUGAGUGUGAUAAGCCAUUACAAGCCAUUUGAAAAUCUGAAUUUUCCUGUGUUUUAGUGACAUCACAAGUGGGAGUGUCAACCUAGAUAUAUGAUGGAUGGUUAUAGUAAUGGCUAAUCACACUCACACCUGGUGGCAUAAUAUCACCUCUUUAAUUGAGCAGUGUGUAUGACCUCAUCGCCCUCCAAUGAUUUUGCUGAGUGAAAUGCUGUGAAAUGUUUUUGUAUGUUAAUAAUUUGUAUGUAAUAUGAGAUUAUUGAAGUAUAGUAUAAAUUAUGUUGAUAUUCUCCUACAUCGUUAAUGUGUCAAAAGUUUUACUCGUAAUAACCAAUUUGUUUGCAAAACGAGUUAGAUGUCUCAAAUGCUGUAUUUGUUUCUGCGUCAGAAUAAAGUAAAAC